AUCUAUUUAUUUUUUAGCUUUUAUUACACCGCCACAAACUCUCACUAUAAAGCCGAUCCCUAGAUAGACGAGGACCGGCCAGAAAUCGCUUCACGAUUACCAAAUCUUUCUUCCAUUUUCUCUCCACAAAAAUCUCUCUUCAAUCUCCGACAAUGGAAGGAACUGGCGUUGUGGCGGUCUACGGUAACGGUGCGAUAACGGAGGCUAAGAAAUCUCCCUUCUCCGUUAAGGUUGGUUUGGCUCAGAUGCUCCGUGGUGGUGUUAUCAUGGAUGUCGUCAACGCCGAGCAAGCUCGUAUCGCCGAGGAAGCUGGUGCUUGCGCCGUCAUGGCUUUGGAGCGUGUUCCUGCUGAUAUUCGUGCUCAAGGAGGCGUUGCUCGUAUGAGCGAUCCACAAAUGAUUAAAGAAAUCAAACAGGCCGUUACGAUUCCGGUGAUGGCUAAGGCUAGGAUUGGUCAUUUCGUUGAAGCUCAAAUCCUUGAAGCAAUUGGAAUCGAUUACAUCGAUGAGAGCGAGGUUUUGACUCUUGCUGAUGAAGAUCAUCACAUCAACAAGCAUAAUUUCCGGAUCCCUUUCGUUUGCGGUUGCCGGAAUCUCGGCGAGGCUUUGAGGAGGAUCCGUGAAGGUGCGGCGAUGAUAAGGACCAAAGGUGAAGCUGGAACUGGUAACAUUAUUGAAGCUGUGAGGCAUGUGAGGUCUGUUAAUGGUGACAUUAGGGUUUUGCGAAACAUGGAUGAUGAUGAGGUUUUCACUUUCGCUAAGAAAUUAGCUGCUCCGUACGAUCUUGUGAUGCAGACUAAGCAGCUUGGUCGUCUUCCUGUAGUCCAAUUCGCCGCCGGUGGAGUGGCUACUCCGGCUGAUGCAGCUCUCAUGAUGCAGCUUGGAUGUGAUGGUGUCUUUGUAGGUUCUGGUAUCUUCAAGAGCGGUGACCCAGCGCGUCGUGCACGUGCCAUUGUUCAGGCUGUGACUCAUUACAGUGACCCUGAGAUGCUUGUGGAGGUGAGCUGUGGACUUGGAGAAGCCAUGGUUGGGAUCAAUCUCAAUGAUGAGAAGGUUGAGAGGUUCGCUAAUCGCUCCGAGUGAUCAAAGAACAAAAAGGUAAAAUUUGUCAGACGAAAUGGUUUCAGAAUUUCUGAGAACAUUUUGCAGUAAUCUCUUUGAAAAGAAGAAGAUGAUAUUGUUGGGUAGUUUGUAUCCUUUGUGUUUUCCUUAUAUCUUUGAUAGUGUUUUGUUUUUUGUAAUCUCGUUAUCCAUUUGCAAGAACAAGUUUGUCAGUUAUAAUAAUGUACUACUCUCUUGGUCAGUUGAUUUUGAAUCUGAUAUAUUCUUCAAACCA